AUUUCGUUGGUUUCAAUGGUAGACAGUUUUUAGCUAUUGAUGACGUUUCCUUCACUAAAGAGCCAUGUAAACAAAUUCCUUGGAAACAAAAUGAAGAAUGUCAAAAAGAUCUCGGCAUGGAAAACGGUGAGAUCUCUGACAGACAGAUUACUGCCUCAUCGCAACUGGAUGCCAGUCACGCUGCCACCCAAGGCAGAUUAAACUUGAAAGCAACUGGAAACAAAGCAGGGUCUUGGUCAGCUCUCAGCAAUGAUCCCAGUCAAUGGCUCCAGGUUGAUCUGGGCUGUUCGAACACUAAAGUGACACGUGUAGCAACGCAAGGUAGAAAUGAUCCGCCUCAGUGGGUAACCAAGUACAAACUGCAGUUCAGUAACGAUGGAGUGAAAUUCCACUAUUAUACAAAGCUAAGACAAACUGGAAACAAGGAUUUUGCUGGAAACGCAGACCAGAGCACUGUUGUCUACCAUGAGCUAAAUCCUCCGAUCAGAGCACGCUACGUCCGCUUUUUACCACAGGCGUGGCAUGGGCACAUCUCAAUGAGGGUGGAGCUGUAUGGAUGUCGCAGAGGUUAGGAUUUUGCCUUUUAAUUUGGCAAACACACAAAAUCUUUUUGCAAUUAAACUGCGAUUAUUUUUCUUGUCAUAUGACGAUAUAGUUAACAAUAAAGAUUAGCGGAAAAACUGAGCAACGACG